GCCCGGCCGGAUUUUAUGAAUGGGCCAUUGACGUCAUCGGAGACCCCCCACGUGGGGCCGCGCGCGUAUAAAGGGGGCGGAGCGGCGCUGUCCGCGGUGCUGAAGGGCGAAACGACGCCGCGACCACCGCGACCCCCCCCCGAAUUUCCCCUUCUCACCGCGACCCCUCCCUUCACCUCAACCCCUCCCCCCCCUCCCUUUCGCGACCCCCCCCUCCCCCCACCCUCCUCACCGGGAUCAACCCCCCCCCGCCCCCGCUUCGAGCCCCCUCCCCCACCCUUAUCAAGACCCCCCCCCUUAUUUUUGGCAUCCCCCCACACCGAGCGCCGCCCCCUCCCCAGGCUGGAAAAGGGGGGGGGGAUCCCCCGGAACAGCCGAGACCCCCCCGGAGCCGGCGCCAUGACGGCCCCACCGCGCCCAUUGCGCAGCGCCGCCCUCCUGCUCUCCAUCACCCUCCUGGUGCAGAGCCGCCCCCAACCCACCCCACAACCCCCCCGGAGCAGCCCCCAGACCCCUCCUCACCCCCUCUCCAAGCGCUCCCCACCACCACCACCACCACCAGCGGGAGGUCACCAUCAGUCGCAGGUGUUGAAGGAACUGGAAGAACUGGGGCGGCUCCGCGCCGAAGCCAAACGGGACCGGCAGCGGGACCGGGAGCGGGAGCGGGAGUCGGGCUGGGCCAGCUCGCGGCAGCUGCGGCAGCAGCAGAGUUUGGAGCACCGGCUGCUGGAGAGGCGCUACCAGGAACUGGCCGAGAGCCGGCGGCAGGCCCAGGCCGCGCGGAAAGCGGCGGCCGAAGAAGAGCGUUUGGCCGAUUUGGCGUCGGAUCUGCUGCUCCGGUACCUCCUGCGCGGCCCCGGCGCCGGCGUGGCAGAGGAUAAGCGAUCCGAGGAGGAGGAGGAGGAGGAGGAGGUGGAGGAAGGGUUCGGGGAGAACGGCAAGGAUGGGUUCGGUCUCGGUGGGGAGGUCAACGGUGAGAUCGGCGGCUACAAGGGGAAGGAGAGGUUUGGGAUCGGUGAUGAGAUCAGCGAUGAGCUCAACGAUGAACUCAACGAUGACCUUGGUGGCCACCAAACCUACAACAGCAAGGACCGGUUUGACCUUGGUAAUGACCUCAACGAUGACCUUGGUGGCCACCCAACCUACAAGACCAAGGACAGAUUUGGCCUCAGAAAUGACCUCAACGAUGACCUCGAUGGCUACAAGGCCAAGGACAGAUUCGACCUCUCCAACGACCUCGCCGGCUACAAGGGCGGCUACGACGCCAACGACGCCAACGAGGUCUUCAAGGUCAACCGCCGCUUCAAGGUCAAACCCGGCACCAACGAAGACUUGAAGGCCAACGAUGGUGACAACUUCAAGAUCAGGGGCGGCUUCGACAACGCCGCCGACGACCUCAACGGCAACGGCGGCUUGGAGGACAACGAGAUCCUCCCGGCGCGCGGCCACCGGAUGCCGGCGCGGGGUAACCGGAUCGCGGCGGCGGAGGAGGAAGAAGAUGAAGAAGAAGAGGCGACCACCGGCGAUUCGGAGGAGGUGUCGCCGCAGGAUCCGGCCGAGGUGGACGAGCUGGACCCCGGCACCAUCGACCAGCUGAUCGAGCUGUCCAGCCGGCUGCACCUGCCGGCCGAUGACGUGGUGGACAUCAUCCACGACGUGGAGCAGAAGCGCAAGGAGGAGGCCGGGCUGGGCUUGGCCAUGGCCGGUAUGGGCGUGGUGGCCGUGGAGCCACCACCGAAACUCGGCCGACCCCCCAAAUCGCGGCUCCGACCCCCACCGGAGCCGAUCCCGGCGAGGACUUUCCUGCCGGUCCCACCCCGGCGCCCCCCGCCCCCGCUGAGGGACCGCCAGGUGGAGAAAUAUCUGGAGAGGGUUUUGGGGAGCCCCCCCCGGGGGUAGCCGUGACCCCAAAAUCCCCCGAUCCCACCCCAAAAAAACCCCCCCUCCCCCAUGCUCGGGUGUGUUGUCCCCUCCCCCGUCCGGGGUGGUCCCAGUGCCACCAGUUGGGUUCUCCCAGUUGUCCCAGUUCCCAUUGUGGAGUCCCCACCCCCCCACCCCCGUCCUGUCC